GUCGGGGAACCAUGGCUGCCCCAAGAGAAAAUGUCAGUUUAUUAUUCAAGUUAUACUGCUUGGCAGUGAUGACCCUGGUGGCUGCAGCUUAUACGAUAGCUUUAAGAUACACAAGGACAUCAGACAGAGAACUCUACUUUUCAACCACAGCCGUGUGUAUCACAGAAGUUAUAAAGUUAUUGCUAAGUGUGGGAAUUUUAGCUAAAGAAACUGGUAGUCUGGGUAGAUUCAAGGCGUCUUUACGAGAAAAUGUCUUGGGGAGCCCCAAGGAACUGAUGAAGUUAAGUGUGCCAUCAUUAGUGUAUGCUGUUCAGAACAAUAUGGCUUUCCUAGCUCUUAGCAAUCUGGAUGCAGCAGUAUACCAGGUGACCUAUCAGUUGAAGAUUCCCUGCACUGCUUUAUGUACUGUUUUAAUGUUAAACAGGACACUCAGCAAAUUACAGUGGAUUUCAGUUUUUAUGCUAUGUGGUGGAGUCAUACUUGUACAGUGGAAACCAGCUCAAGCUACAAAAGUUGUGGUGGAACAGAACCCAUUGUUAGGGUUUGGCGCUAUAGCUAUUGCUGUAUUGUGCUCAGGAUUUGCAGGAGUGUACUUUGAAAAAGUUUUAAAGAGUUCAGACACUUCCCUCUGGGUGAGAAACAUUCAAAUGUAUCUAUCAGGGAUUGUUGUGACAUUAGUUGGCGUCUACUUGUCAGAUGGAGCUGAAAUUAAAGAAAAAGGAUUUUUCUAUGGUUACACAUAUUAUGUCUGGUUUGUCAUCUUUCUUGCAAGUGUUGGAGGCCUCUACACUUCUGUUGUGGUCAAGUACACAGACAACAUCAUGAAGGGCUUUUCUGCAGCAGCAGCCAUUGUCCUUUCUACCAUUGCUUCAGUGAUGCUAUUUGGGUUGCAGAUAACACCCACCUUUGCUCUGGGUACUCUUCUUGUAUGUGUUUCUAUAUAUCUCUAUGGAUUACCCAGACAAGACACUACAUCCAUCCAACAGGGAGAAACAACUUCAAAAGAGAGAGUUAGUGGUGUGUGA